AUGAGUUAUUUGAAUAUUUAUAUCUUUGCAUUAUUUUUCAAUUUCUUAUUCGUUUCUUUGAUUGGAGUACCAUCAAAAUACGAAAUUCACACAACCAACGUUAAAGCUUUUACUAAAGUCAAUAAUAAUUUUAAGGUUUCGAUUAUCCAUGCCGAUGGCCAAUUAAAGUUAAUAAAAUCUAUUGACGAAAACAGCAUCCUAGAUUCUCAGUUCUCUGUCUAUUAUCAAAACAAUGACGACUUUAUCGAUAUUACUUUCUACGAUAUAACUUACCUUAAAUACGAAAAUAGUUGCCUACUUCAUUAUUAUCAACGUUUCGCCUCGAUCAAAAUAAGCUCGUUUGAAGGAAGAGAAUUUUGGCCGGGUAGUGAACAUUUCAGUUUGGGGGAUGAACCGGAAGAUUUAGUUGAAAUUAAUUUGAGGAAUUGUCGAUUUAUUGUGGGGGCUCUUAACCAAUUGGUGAAUGAUCCGGAUAAUGCAUAUAUUAAGGAUUUUGUUAUGGAAUAUGUGAAAUUGGGCGAUUCGUACACUUUUUAUGUGCGUCCUGGUUGGAAAUUUGAAAGUGAUGUAUUGUAA